UCACGUGGGACGCCGAAGAUCGCAGUGCGCGUGGCCGAGGCGACUGGUGUGGGGUUGAGUCAGUUGUGACACCCGGAGCUGCGACCCGGCUGGCGGCCCACCGAACCCGCAGCAGGGCCGCAGACGUGGAGACCCGGGAGCCGCGAGCCUGGCCGCUUCCUAGAGCUCCGCAGUGCCGGCGCCGCUCCCACUCCCCGCCCCCGUCAGCGAACCGCCGCCGCGGGCGCGCCCCCGCUCUGCGCUGUCUCAGAUGGCGUCCGCCUCCGGGGCCAUGGCGAAGUACGAGCAGAUCCUAGUCCUCGACCCUCCCACAGACCUCAAAUUCAAAGGCCCCUUUACAGAUGUAGUCACUACAAAUCUUAAAUUGCGAAAUCCGUCGGAUAGAAAAGUAUGUUUCAAAGUGAAAACUACAGCACCUCGCCGGUACUGUGUGAGGCCCAACAGUGGAAUUAUUGACCCAGGCUCAACUGUGACUGUUUCAGUAAUGCUGCAACCCUUUGACUAUGAUCCGAAUGAAAAAAGUAAACAUAAGUUUAUGGUACAGACAAUUUUUGCUCCACCAAACUUUACAGAUAUGGAAGCUGUGUGGAAGGAGGCAAAACCUGAUGAAUUAAUGGAUUCUAAGUUGAGAUGUGUAUUUGAAAUGCCCAAUGAAAAUGAUAAACUGGGUAAAACUCUACCAGGGAUUGUUCCGACUGUCACUUCAAUGAGCAGCAUCAACAACACAGUUGCAACACCUGCCAGUUAUCACACGAAGAAUGAUCCCAGGGGACUCAGUGUGUUCAAACAGGAGAAGCAGAAGAAUGACAUGGAACCUAGCAAAGCUGUUCCACUAAAUGCAUCUAAGCAAGAUGGACCCAUGCCAAAACCGCAUAGUGCUUCACUCAAUGAUACUGAAACAAGAAAACUAAUGGAAGAAUGUAAAAGACUUCAGGGAGAAAUGAUGAAGCUAUCAGAAGAAAAUCGACAUCUGAGAGAUGAAGGCCUAAGGCUCAGAAAGGUAGCACAUUCGGAUAAACCUGGAUCAACCUCAACUGCAACCUUCAGAGAUAAUGUCACCAGUCCUCUUCCUUCUCUUCUGGUUGUGAUUGCAGCCAUUUUCAUUGGAUUCUUUCUAGGGAAAUUCAUCUUGUAGAGUGAAGCAUGCCGAGUACUAUUUCUUUUAUUUCCUUCUGACCAGAAAAAAAUUUGUUUACCUACCAUUUCAUUGGUAGUAUGGCCCGCGGUGACCAUUUUUUUUGUGUGUGUACAGCGACAUAUAGGCUUUGCCUUUAAUGAUCUCUUACGGUUAGAAAACACAAUAAGACAAACUGUUCGGCUACUGGACAAAUUGUAUAAUACCAGAUCAUCACUAGCAGGUGUCAGUUGCACAUUCUGUCCUUUAUGAAAUUCAUAAAUAAAGAAUUGUUCUUUCUUUGUGGUUUAAUAAGAGUUCAAGAAUUGUUCAGAGUCUUGUAAAUGUUGUUUUAAUAACCCUUUAAAUUUUAUCUGUUGCUGUUACCUCUUGAAAUAUGAUUUAUUUAGAUUGCUAAUCCCACUCAUUCAGGAAAUGCCAAGAGGUGUUCUGUGGGGAAAUGGUGCCUCUUACCGUGUAAAUUUUCUCCUUUACCUUUGCUAAUAUCAUGGCAGAAUUUUUCUUAUCCCUUGUGAGGCAGUUGUUGACUGAGUUUUUCAUCCUUACAAUCCUGUCCCAUGGUAUUUAACAUAAAAAAAUAAACCGUUAACAGAUUCUUGCUCGAUAGCCUGUUUGUGUCUCUUGUCAUUAGAAGGGGGUAUCAGAAAGUUCAGUGUAUGGGAAUUUGAAAUUGAUAAUGCUUAAAUUUUCUCUUGCAGUCAAACUUCUAGAUAAUUUAUUAUUUGUAAUUAAAAUUCCUCAAUGGAGUUGAUAAUUUCAAGAUAGUUUAAAUGUUUCAGAAAAUCAUGAUUCAUUUGUUUUCAAGAAACAUAAAACAAAUUCCAUAAAUAAAAUGCUGUAAUUUUAGUGAGUUCUUGUGUAUGCCAUGUGGCUGUAUUGUAUUUAAUUUACCCCAUUCUUGCUAUGUUCUUGUACUAUUUGCUCAAGCAAGAUUUGUUCUUUUUGAUUUUAAAGUACUUUGAAACCAGCUAAUAAUUCUUAAGACUUUAUAACAUUUUAUAAUAGCUAAAAGUAGUUAUACACCCUCCUCCUGUCCAACUUAAAUUUCUGUUAUAGAAAUUUAGCAUUAUUGAGCAAGCUUUGGAAAUUUUCUUUGUGAAAAAUGACUUUUUCUUGCAAAUCAAUCUGUUAUCCACUCAACGCUUUCAAUAUAAGAACUCAUUGUAGGGCCUGAUACUUUCCUGCACUUGGUCUUAUGUUUUCAUUUACUAGUGCUAGGAUAGAAAAUUUUGGAACUAGAAAAAAUAAUGUUUUCAACUGAGUAUAGUCUUAGUACAAAUAAAUUUUUAUUCUUCAAAGUAGCUGUUUGUUUUGUAGAAGAUGCAGACCACCUAAAAGAGAAAUUGGACCUUGGGACUUAAUGUGGUACAGUGAAGUAGGUUAGGCCCAGGUCUGUGUACACAUUUUAUGAAGAGUGGAAUAUUCUCAAGUAUUUUGUCUUUUCAUUUCAAACGUGUUUUGAAAUCAGAUGACGUUAUUGUGUAAUGUGUUCAAUGGUAUAUUUUAUAAAACCUCUUGCUUGUGUGCAAAAAUUAUUAAAAACAAGCAGAAGUAAUGCUUUGCCAUUACUAGCAUGCUACUACAGGUAAUGUUUCCACUGCUGUAUGCUUUCUGUCAUUGUAAUAAGUCCUACCCCCAAUAACUGGAAAAGCAUGGUAAAGUAUUCCAUCCCAUAAAUGAAGAGUCAUUCUUUGUCAUAAAGCUCUCUAUUUAAUCAACAUCAGUGGUGAUAAGUAUCAAGCUUUGUAUUUCAUAAAUAUCUUUUUAAAAGAUUUGUUUUAAAAAAUUUAGCAAAAUCCCCGUUUUAUGGGAGUGCUUCUUAGAAUUGAAUCUGUUCAGUCCCUUUGUUUUACAAUUGACAAGUGUAAGGCCUCCAAGGGCUUAACAGACUGUUCAUUACCCACAUCUCAAAAUAGUUUUAGAAGCAGAGCUAAAAAUAGUAAUUUGUCUCCUGAUUGAUUGUAGCUCCAUUUUUCCUGAUAAUGUAGGAACCAAACAACUUGUCUUAAUUUGACAGACAGCUGAAAUAAUGAACUUACAAUGCUGUCUAAUAAGUAUAUGUGAGAUUUCUUACUGUAAGACUGUCUGACAAGCAACUGUUAAUCUCAUGUAUGUUUUAGUGUUUAAGCUAGUAAUGCCUCCCAUAUUGGUAAUAAACAUUACAAAAUACAGUGUAUUUCUUGGUGAAUUUUUGCAGAAUGCAUUAUGCAACAUUUAGUUUUAAGAUAGGUUGUCAUUUUUGUAGCAUCUUCAAAAGUGUAUGUGGGCUUAACUGCUCUACAUAUCAAGAGAUGCUCAGAUUAUAUAGCUUUUAUUUUGCUUCUUUUUAAUUGUUCUAUGAAAUGUGCUCAGAUUAUUUUCCUACCAAUAGUUAUACUUUCAAAAGAGUCCACUUGUAUUAAUUGACAGAUAAUAUAUAGAUUAAGUUAUUUGUCUUAAUCUUUACAUGUUUAGAAAUGUUUGCAUUGUCUACCUGCUUACUUGUGUAUGUAAGCAUGAGGGAGAAAAACUUGCUGAUACUGAAAUUACAGUCUAAUAACUAAGGCCUUAAGUUCACAUGUGAUACUCAAUGCACUACUUUUAUUGUUUUUAUAAAGUCAUGUAUCUUAAUUUAUCAUAUUCUUGUAUUUACAAGAAGCAAAUUUAAAAAUUAUGUUCUAAACACAACACUUGUAGGAAAAUGCGCAUUAAAUUCAGAAAUUCUAGUCAAAUAGUAUUAAUUUCUCUUUUAAGUUUCUGACUUAGAAGUUUCCUUAAAAUUUGGUAUUCGAUGGCAUGGAAAGAAUUUUGGCUGUAACCUUUGCAAAUAUAAAGUUGUAUCAAUAACAGGUCUUACUGAAUAUAUUCCCCAAAUUUGAUCUGCCACUUCCUAAUAGUUUCCUGGCGCUUUGCACAUUCCUAUUCAUUUACUUUGGUGUGUGCAUAGUUUUUUUUUUUUUUAAUUGACCUUUCUGAGAGGAAAAGACACCAAAAUCAGGAGUGAUCUUUGUUUUCUAGCUUUCAAGGGAAAUUAAAAUAUUGCGUGAAUAAAUUGUUAAAAAUGUAGUGAAGUGUCAUUUUCUUUUCCAUAAUAAACACAAAUACUUCUAACUU